AACUAGCAAAGAUCCCAAUUCACAACAGUCGGAGAAGCCUAUCAAAUCAAGAGCACCUCCAUCCCGUUUAACUAAAGAGGAUAUCGAUUGCAUAAUGUAUGCCAAGGAAUUAAAAGGUGGAUCUAAAAAAGUUUCGGAGUGGUAUAGAAUUG